UUCGAAAGUAUUAGCAGAGCUGUGACAAUAUCUUGCAAUGAAGAUAAAAAUAUAUAUUAUGUUGCUCCAGUUGUUACCUUGGGUGCACUGCAUUGCAUCUCCGAGGGCAAUGAUGGACAGAUACUUGAUGGAUUGCAAAAGGGCCCCUAGGGGCAUGCCGCUUAAUUUGAUGGGUCUUAAGGGCAUAUGGCAUGAGGUGGGACGUUUUCCCAAGACAAGCUCUUUAACGUGCCUCACAGUAGAAGUGCCAGAGAGUGGGAGCCCGAUUCUGAAUAUAAGGCUGAGCUAUGUUAGCCACAUCGGUGAAAGUGUAAAAAAAAACAAGGACACAGUUUCAUUUCCAAUGAACCAAUUUACCAACAAUAGCAUUUUUCUGGUGAAGUAUGAGAUGCGCGAUAUGACAACAUUUCUACGCUUUAUGGUCGUCUAUACUGAUUACGUGAAUAUGACAAUUAUAUGCAGUCAUUCUCCGGUCACGCCCGUAUUGAGAAUUAAGAUAUUUUCGCGUCGGAUAGAUCUGGAUCCCCAAAUCAAAGAGCUCAUUGGCGAUCAAUUGGAAAGAAAGAAAUUGAAGCGAAAUUUUAUUUGGGUGGAUAAAUCCAGCUGUGAUACUGCCAUAUGUACGUUUGUCAGCUCUCCAAUUACAUUAUCGCUUGCUAUCACUGUAUUGACACUCUUAAAUAUAUACAUAACUUAG